AUGGUCGACAGGUAUACCCGGUGGCCUGAAGCUGAGCCCAUCCCCGACAUGACCGCCGACACCGUAGCUCGUGCGAUCGUCUCUACCUGGAUCGCCCGCUACGGCUGCCGGCUCGCAUUACGACCGACCAGGGCAGCAACACCUUUCCUGCUCGUCCUCGUCCUUGGAACGACACUGCACCUCCCUGGCGACUUCUGGCUCGACUCCCAAUCUGAAACUCGGAAGUCUGAAUACGUCAAGUUGCCUCGCCGCUUCUUCCGACGCCUUUCGCCGACCUCCACCAGGACCCCCAAUUCGCCGGCCAUCUUUGUCCACCCCGAUCUCAAGACAUGCAUGCACGUUUUUCUUCGGCAUGACGCCCCCCGCAAGCCCCUUUCACCCCUUUAUGACGGUCCUUACCGUGUCCGGUCUCGCACCGACAAGACCAUCACUCUGGACAUUCAAGCCCGGCCUCAGGUGGUCUCCCUCGACAGGGUAAAACCGGCAUACCUGGAGGUCGACACCCCGGCUGCACCUGCCACGGAGCCCUCUGUCUCCGGCCCUCAUCCACCUCGCGUCAAGCCUCGCCGCACCGUUACCUGGGCUACUCCCCUCUCUGUGUCUUGUUCUACUUCAGCCCUUCUUCGGGGAGGGGGAGCCCUGUGGCGGCCACCUAUCAGUGCCGCCCGUCGACGACGAUCGCAAUAA